AUGGCGGCGGUGGCGGCGGGCGCGGCGGCCCCUCAGCAGCCGCCGCCGCCUCAGCAGCCGCCGCAGCCGGCGGGAGGCGGCGGGAGCGGCUCCGGGGAGGCGGCGGGAGCCGCGGGUGGUGCCGGAGGCGGCGGCGGAGGUGCCGGAGGCGGCGGCGGCGCAGCCGGGCCCGCGCCGGGGUCGGGGUCGGGCGGCGGCGCGGCCGCGGGCGAGUCGUGGUACCUGGCGCUGCUGGGCCUGGCCGAGCAUUUCCGCACGUCCAGCCCGCCCAAGGUGCGGCUGUGCGUGCACUGCCUGCAGGCCGUGCUGCCCCGCAAGCCCCCGGCCCGCAUGGAGGCCCGCACGCACCUCCAGCUCGGCUCCGUCCUCUACCACCACACCCGCAACGGCGACCAGGCCCGCGGGCACCUGGAGAAGGCGUGGCUGAUAUCCCAGCAGAUCCCCCAGUUUGAAGAUGUGAAGUUUGAGGCGGCCAGUUUGCUGUCGGAGCUGUAUUGCCAAGAGAAUUCCGUGGAUACGGCCAAGCCCCUGCUGCGCAAAGCCAUCCAGAUCUCUCAGCAAACUCCCUACUGGCACUGCAGGCUGCUCUUCCAGCUGGCUCAACUCCACACCCUGGAGAAGGAUUUGGUGUCGGCCUGUGACCUGCUGGGAGUGGGGGCAGAGUACGCCCGGGUGGUGGGCUCCGAGUACACCAGAGCCCUCUUUCUGCUCAGCAAAGGGAUGCUGCUGCUGAUGGAGAGGAAGCUGCAGGAGGUUCACCCGCUGCUGACGCUGUGUGGGCAGAUCGUGGAGAACUGGCAGGGAAAUCCCAUCCAGAAGGAAUCCCUCAGGGUCUUCUUCCUGGUCCUGCAGGUCACACAUUACCUGGAUGCUGGCCAGGUGAAGAGCGUGAAGCCGUGCCUGAAGCAGCUGCAGCAGUGCAUCCAAACCAUCUCCACCCUGCACGACGACGAGAUCCUGCCCAGCAACCCCGCUGACCUCUUCCACUGGCUGCCCAAGGAGCACAUGUGUGUGCUGGUCUACCUGGUGACAGUGAUGCAUUCCAUGCAGGCAGGAUACCUGGAGAAGGCUCAGAAAUACACGGACAAAGCCCUCAUGCAGCUGGAGAAGCUCAAAAUGCUGGACUGCAGCCCCAUCCUGUCCUCAUUCCAAGUGAUUUUGUUGGAACACAUCAUCAUGUGCAGGCUGGUCACGGGACACAAAGCCACGGCCCUGCAGGAGAUUUCCCAGGUCUGCCAGCUGUGCCAGCAGUCUCCAAGGCUCUUUUCCAACCACGCUGCCCAGCUGCACACGCUCCUGGGCCUCUACUGCAUCUCUGUCAACUGUAUGGACAAUGCAGAAGCACAAUUCACUACGGCACUGAGACUCACAACCCACCAGGAGCUGUGGGCAUUUAUUGUCACCAACCUGGCCAGCGUCUACAUCCGGGAAGGGAAUCGGCACCAGGAGCUCUACAGUUUAUUGGAAAGGAUAAAUCCCGACCACAACUUCCCAGUGAGUUCCCAUUGUCUCCGGGCUGCAGCUUUUUACAUCCGAGGGCUCUUCUCCUUUUUCCAGGGAAGAUACAACGAGGCCAAGCGAUUUUUGCGGGAGACGCUGAAGAUGUCGAACGCCGAGGACCUGAACCGCCUGACCGCCUGCUCCCUCGUGCUCCUGGGCCACAUCUUCUACGUCCUGGGAAACCACAGGGAAAGCAACAACAUGGUGGUGCCGGCCAUGCAGCUGGCCAGCAAGAUCCCGGACAUGUCCGUGCAGCUCUGGUCCUCAGCCCUGCUCCGGGACCUGAACAAGGCGUGUGGCAAUGCCAUGGAUGCCCACGAGGCCGCCCAGAUGCACCAAAACUUCUCCCAGCAGCUGCUCCAGGACCACAUCGAGGCCUGCAGCCUCCCCGAGCACAACCUGAUCACGUGGACGGAUGGACCCCCCCCGGUCCAAUUCCAGGCUCAGAAUGGUCCCACCACCAGCCUGGCCAGUCUCCUGUGAAUCCCAGGAAAAUUCCAGGAAAAUUCCAGGAUAUCCAUGAACAACAUCCCAAAAAAAAAAAAACAAAAC